AUGUCGGGUUGCCUUGACCAAAUAAGUUGCAACUGCAACAUCGAUUUGGACGGUAAGAGAAACGCUGUUGCCUCAAUCACUGCUGCAACUCUGUUCUCGGUAGCUUGGUGGCUCAUGAUCGAUACAUCUGCCGUCUACGGAAAGGCUGAUUGGAAUAAUGUGUACUACAUAAUAACUGUAGGAAGCACACUUGCGAUGUUUAUGGUAAAUGCUGUAUCUAAUAGUCAAGUGCGGGGUGAAAGUUUACAUGAAGGACUGUUAGGAACGAAAGGCUCACGCCUUUGGCUAAUGGCGGCAUUCGUACUCUCAUUCGCAUCAUUGGUGGCUGCCACAUGGGUACUCUUCAGCGACUAUGUUCUUCUUACUGGGGAUCAUCCCGUAUGGCCUGGAGUGGCUCUUUUCCUAACCAAUUUUAUAAUUUUUGCUUCAUCUUGUGUGUACAAAUUUGGUCGUACCGAAGAAAUGUGGGGAUGA